UAGCAUCAUAGCACUACCAGCAGACAGCACUACCAGCACUACCAGCAGACAGCACUACCAGUACUAUACAUAUGGCCAGUGCACCCCUGGAUUGGAAUUGGAGCAGAGGAUCUAACAAACGCUGAAACACAUUUGCUAUACCAUUGAUUUGGGAGACCAAUCGAGUCGAGUAGCCUGCAGCAGCAAUGGCCAGUACUCCUCCCCCCAGUACUGCUCUAAGCAGCAUCGGCCCCGUCCCGUUCAAGGACGUGGCCGGCGCCGGCGGCGAGGGACACCGCGGGGUGCCUCCGCCGGAGGAAUUCUCCGGCACCGUCGCCGCCAUGCCAACCACCAACAUGCUGGGCUUCAAGCUGCACCGGCACCAGGACACCUGGGUGGUCGACGCGUGUCUCACGGGCGUCCUCUCCGUGCAGCGCCGCUUUGCCCCGCGGCCCGGCGACGUGGUCCUCGCGAGCCCGCCCAAGUGCGGCACCACCUGGCUCAAGGCGCUCGCCUUCGCCGUCAUGGCGCGGGCGGCGUACCCGCCGUCGCUGGCGAGUAACGAGGAGCACCCGCUCCUCCGGCUCAACCCGCACGCGUGCGUCCCUUUCUUGGAGGAGUUGUUCACCGUCGGCCAGGAGGCCAAGCUUGAGCUCCUGCCGUCGCCCAGGCUCAUCAACACGCACAUGCACCACUCUCUCCUGCCCCCCUCACUCACUGGUAAUCCCGACUGCAAAAUCGUCUACGUAUGCAGGGAGCCCAAGGAUAUGGUGGUUUCCCUGUGGCACUUUGCCAAAAGCAUCAUGCCGGAAGGCAGCAAGCACACGUUCUCGGACUUGUUCGAGGACGCUUGCAAGGGCGAGACCCCCAGCGGGCCCAUCUGGGACCACACCCUGGGGUACUGGCGCGCGAGCAAAGCCCACCCGGACAGGGUCCUGUUCCUGAAAUACGAGGAGAUGCUGCUGGACCGGGCCGGCGCCGUGAGGGAGCUGGCCCGGUUCCUCGGCGUGCCGUUCUCGGCCGCCGAGGAAGCACAGGGGAUGCCCGCGGACAUCGUGGGGCUAUGCAGCAUUGAGACGAUGAAGGGCCUGAGCGCGAACAGGACGGGCGUGGCCGGGCUGCUCGGGUUCAAGCAUGAAUCCUUCUUCAGGAAAGGGGUGGCUGGGGACUGGGCCAACCAUAUGACGCUUGAAAUGGCCCGGCGGUUUGAUGACAUUGUGGAGGAUAAGCUCCGUGGAUCGGGACUGACCUUCAAGCCUUGACUAGAUGGGCCGGGAAGGAUGUACUGUGUGCUUUUAUUUUCUUCUACUGAGUUGGGGUAUUGUUUACUGUUGCCUGUUGGGACACUAAACAACGGGUUCAUUCUAAGAUGUUGUGUUAGUAUCCAAUAAACUUGAUCAAACUUGUACUGCUAUUUCAAAAUGGAUGGAGUACCACACUCCUGAUAGAAGACUCUUGACUUUUUUUUACUCUA